GCUACCACACCAUACCAGCCGACUAUCUGCUUGUCGAGCCACCACCACUAACACAAGCGGACAUGUUUGGCCGGCCUCUUGGUGGAGUGUAAAUAUACAUUUAUCUUGCACGAUAAAGGAAUACGUAGCCGAGGCCGGGAACCAUGGACGCUGUCAAUGCAUUUAACCAUGAGUUGUUCUCUCUGAUGGACUCAAAGCCCCCAAUCUCUCGGGCAAAGAUGAUCUCCAUCACAAAGUCUGCCAUCAAAGCUAUAAAGUUGUAUAAGCAUGUCGUCCAGAUUGUUGAAAAGUUUAUCAAAAAGUGCAAGCCUGAGUAUAAAGUUCCAGGGCUGUACGUGGUGGACUCAAUCGUGAGGCAAUCACGGCAUCAGUUUGGAGCAGAUAAGGACGUGUUUGGGCCCAGGUUCACCAAAAACAUAACAGGCACCUUCGAGAACCUCUGCUUGUGUCCAUCGGAGGACAGGAGUAAGAUUGUGCGUGUGUUGAACCUAUGGCAGAAGAAUGGUGUGUUCAAAAUCGAGAUCAUCCAGCCUCUGAUGGACAUGGCCACAGGGUCCGGCAGCGCGGCUGAGGUGGCCGACGAGGACCAAGCGGGACCCAAUGGAGCUUCCCCUCCUAUCCCGAUGAAGAAGAUGCCGGAAGCUCACGCAGUCACAGCUCCGGAACAUCAUGUUGUGACGGCUAACUCCAUUGCCGCGGCCGUGCCUCAACUUCAGAACUCUGAUGCCUUCGCUGCAGUAGCACAGCUCUUCCAGUCUACCCAAGGGCAGCAGCUCCAGCAAAUGCUACAGACCUUCCAGCAGCCUGGGAAGCCCCAGUCCCCAGCCCUCACCAACAGCCUGCCAGCUCAGAUGACCCUGCAGCCGCACACUGCUCCCCCAGCGGCACCCACGCCCGUCUCCAUGGCCCCUCACCUGGAGGAUUCUGUCGAAAAGGCCACGUUUGACACGACGCUCCUUGAUCGCUUCGACUAUGAUGACGAGCCAGAGGGUGCAGACGAUAUAAAAAAGGACGAGACGUCUUCGUCCCAGCCGGUCUUCGGUCAUAUAGACAGCAUGUCCCAUCCGCAGCACGUCCAGUCUCAGCAGCAGCAGCUUCCCCCCGGCUUCUCCCAACACCCCUCUCAACUCCCCAACAUGGAUCACUUCCAGCAGGUCAUGAUGGCCAAACCACAUGAUGCCACACAACAGAUCCCUCUACCUCCGAAUGGGCAGCUCCAGGGCUUUGGCAUGAUGCCACCCCAGCCCUUCCCAGGGAUGAUGCCUCCCAUGGCCCAGCCCCAGCAGGGAGCUGGGAUGCCUCCAGGCUUCCCAGGGGGAUUCCUACCCCAGAAUAACGCAUUUCCUCAGCACAUGCAUUCGCAUCAACAGCAGGAUGUCUCCAUGGGCGUUGACUCUCCGUCACUCAAGGACCGGAAGCACUGGCCAGAUAACAGGAGGUCCCAUUCUCGUUCAGGCUCCAGAUCUCCGAAAAGGAGACGGUCCCGAUCCAAUUCCCGGUCCAGACGGAUGCGGCACCGACGGUCUCGCUCAUGGUCCCGGGAGAGGCGGCAUCACUCCCCACGCUCGCAGGAGAGGAAGGAGAGAGAGCGGGAGCGGGAGCGACGACAAAAAGGACUCCCUCCCCUCAAAAACGAGACCCUCAGCGUGUGCAGCACGACCCUAUGGGUGGGCCAGCUGGACAAAAGGACCCAGCAGCAGGAUGUGGCGUCUUUGCUGGAAGAGUUUGGACAGAUUGACGCCAUCAAUAUGAUUCCUCCACGUGGCUGUGCAUACAUUGUCAUGGUCCAUCGGCAGGAUGCGUUCAGAGCUCUGCAGAAGCUUGGCAGGGGCACAUUCAAGGUCAACCAAAAAGCCAUUAAAAUUGCAUGGGCGCUAAACAAAGGCAUCAAGGCUGAGUAUAAGCAGCACUGGGACGUGGAACAGGGGGUCACCUACAUCCCCUGGAACAAGACAAAAGUGGAGGAUCUGGAAGGCUUUAAAGAAGGUGGCAUACUGGACCCAGACUCCUUAUCACCAGAGUGGCCAGGUGCGCAGAGUGAGCAGGACCAGGUGGACGAGGCGUCCCAGAACGGGCGUUCAGAACCGGCUCCCUCGGAGGAGAAGCCAGCCAUUGCACCUGUACAGACUCCUUCAGGCCAGCCAAUAGGAGUGCUGGGAUCAGGACCACCUCCAGGGUUCCCUGGCCACAUGGGUAUCCCACCUCCAAACUUCCCCCCAGGGGUGCCCCCUCCCCCUCCAGCCUUCAUGAGACCCGGCUUCAACCCCAUGCAGAUGCCCCCAGGGCCACCAGGAUUUCUUCCCCCUGGUGCUGUGCCUCCAAUGGGGGCCUCUGGACCUCCACCUCCAAUGCCAGGGCCCGGUAUGCCCCUAGAGGAGCCGUCAGGCGAUCCUGCUGGACUGGGUCCGAGAAACAGCGAUGGUGCAGAUGGAUACAACGCAGCUCCACAAAUGGGUAACCAGGUUGGUGCCCCUCCAGGUGGCCUUCUUGGGGCAAGGCCUGGUAUGAUACCUCUGCAGCGCCCCCCAGGCAUGCCACCCCCGCACAUGCAGCGCUUCCCAAUGCCCCCGCCACACCCAAACAUGCCGCCCAUGCCCCCUCAGAUGAUGCCCAGAGGACCGCCACAGAUGAUGCACAGGGAGCCUCCACCAGGGGGCUUCGGGAUGCCACCUCCCCACCCUAUGAAAGGCCCCUUCCCCCCUCUAGGACCACCGGGGGGACCUCCACUCGGUCCGCCAGGGGGCCCCCCUCCUGGUCUUCCCGGGCCCCCGGGCCCCCCUGGAAUUCCUGGCCCCCCCGGACCUCCUGGACCACCUUUCUUGCGGCCGCCUGGGCCUAGGGGCCCGGGACCGGAAGGGCCCGAUGGGAGGGACGGAAGGCCUGAUGGCCGGGACGGAAGGCCUUUCCGGAACGAGCGGAACCCGGGCUUUGGACGAGACCGAGAGCCAGAAUGGUUUGGGGGACGGAGGCCGUUCGGUGAAGGACGGGGAGGAGACCGUCUGGAGGGUAGAGAGAGAUAUGGGAACUGGCACGAGGAAGAACAGCAGCGUGGUGGUGGUGGUGGUGGAGGAGGAGGAGGAGGAGGUUGGGAGCGGGACCGAGAGAGGGAUCGGGAAUCCCGGGAGAGGGAUCGGGAACCCCGGGAGAGGGAUCGGGAAUCCCGGGAUAGAGACAGAGAGCGAGAGCGGGACAGAGAUAGAGACAGAGACAGAGUGCGAGAUGGAGAUCGGGAUAGAGAAAGAGAUCGAGACCGAGAAAGGGAGAAGGACCGAGAACGAGACAGGCCGGCAAGGGAGAGGGAUCGCAGAGACUGGCGGCAGAGUCCUGAGGGCGACCGAGGAGGGGACAGAGGAGGGGACCGAGGGGGCGACAGAGGAGGCGACAGAGGAGGCGACCGAGGGGGCGACCGAGGGGGCGACAGAGGUGACAGAGGAGGCGACAGAGGAGGGGACCGAGGGGGCGACAGAGGAGGGGACCGAGGGGGCGACAGAGGAGGUGACAGCAGCAACAGCAGCACCGCCACAGAGGAGCCCAGUCGGCCGCCCAAACGGAGUCGCGACCGCGAGCGGAGCUCCCGCUGGGACCGCGACGACUGGCUCCGGGGGGACAAGAGCAACGAACUCAGCAGUGCUGAAAAAGCCCCUGAGGCCAGCAGCGUCAUCGCCGAGGCCCCGGUCAAAGACUCGGCCAAAGAGCCAUCCCCCUCCAAGCCCGAGCCCUCACCAGAUGUGACCAUGGGGGCUUCGGCCGAGGUGACGGUGACCGACAAGGUCCCGUCCUCAGACGACAAGGUCGCGUCCUCAGAGCCCGCGGCAGAGAAUCCGCCCAGUGAAACCAUAGAGGCUGCAGAGUCGUAGAGCCCUAGGGCAUGUCUCUGCACAACAAUGCGAGCCAGUCAAGACUGUCAUGUGUUUGUGGCCAAUGUGGAACAUUGCCCCCUUUUGAAAUGCCCAUAUCCUGCUGAGGAGCGUGAAUGUCGGUCAGAUAGCUUAACACAACUAAACACCACCACGUGUAACAAAAAAAAAUAUCUUACCAGAAAAGCAAAGAAAAUGUUUAUGCUGUAAAUAUGUUUGUAUUUUUAAGUGUAGAUUUUUUGGAGGGAUUAAUUUUUUUAAAUUCUUUUCCUCUGGAUUUUAAAUACAGACAUUGACUCUAAAUAUGAAAAUAUGCCCUUUUUGUUGUAAUGUUUUAUUACCUAAAAUGUUUACAUAUAGGAGAUCUUUUUAUCAUUUUUAAGCUUCAGAGGGAGAAAUCAACCCAAGAAAAAACAUCUGCAAAAUUUCAGCAAUAGCGUUUGGUUGAAUAAACUAUUUUCAUACCA